ACGUGAACAGAGGCCGAACUCGGGUUCUGACAAGAUGGCCGGGCUGCCCCGCAGAAUCAUGAAAGAAACCCAGUGUUUGCUGGCAGAACCAGUUCCUGGCAUCAAAGCAGAACCAGAUGAGAGCAACGCCCGUUAUUUUCAUGUGGUCAUUGCUGGCCCUCAAGAUUCCCCCUUUAAGGGAGGGAUUUUUAAACUUGAACUAUUCCUUCCUGAAGAAUACCCAAUGGCAGCCCCUAAAGUACGUUUCAUGAUCAAAAUUUAUCAUCCUAAUGUAGACAAGUUGGGAAGAAUAUGUUUAGAUAUUUUGAAAGAUAAGUGGUCCCCAGCACUGCAGAUCCGCACAGUUCUGCUAUGGAUCCAGGCCUUGUUAAGUGCUCCCAAUCCAGAUGAUCCAUUAGCAAAUGAUGUAGUGGAGCAGUGGAAGACCAACGAAGCCCAAGCCAUAGAAACAGCUAGAGCAUGGACUAGGCUAUAUGCCAUGAAUAAUAUUUAAAUUGAUCCGAUCAUCAAGUGUGCAUCACUUCUCCUGUUCUGCCAAGACUUCCUCCUUUUUGUUUGCAUUUAGUGGACACAGUCUUAGAAACAUUACAGAAUAAAAAAGCCCAGACAUCUUCAGUCCUUUGGUGAUUAAAUGCACAAUAGCAAAUCUAUGUCUUGUCCUGAUUCACUGUCAUAAAGCAUGAGCAGAGGCUAGAAGAAUGAUCUGGAUUGCUAUGAAACGUUUAAAAGCAGUGGUUCCUCCCUGCUUUUAUUCAUUUCCCCCAUCCUGGUUUAAGUAUAAAGCACUGUGAAUGAAGGUAGUUGUCAGGUUAGCUGCAGGGGUGUGGGUGUUUUUCUUUAUUUUAUUUUAUUUUUUUGAAGGGGGAGGUAGUUUUAUUUUAAUUUUAUGGGCUCCUUUCCCCCUUUUUGGGUGAUCUAAUUGCAUUGGUUAAAAGUAGCUAACCAGGUCUCUAGAAUGUGCUCUCUAGCCAAGUCUAACUUUAUUUAGAUGCUGUAGAUGGACAAGCUUGAUUGUUUGAACUAAAAUGGGAACAUUAAACAAACAUCACAGCCCUCACUAAUAACAUUGCUGUCAAGUGUAGAUUCCCUCCUUCAAAAAAAGCUUGUGACCAUUUUGUGUGGCUUGUCUGGAAACUUCUGUAAAUCUUAUGUUUUAGUAAAAUAUUUUUUGUUAUUCUAAAAAAAAAAAAAAAGAA